AUGAUGUGGAAAGGAUGCAUAGUGAUCUUGCUGGGUUUAAUGACGUCGGUAAUGGGACGGCACACCUCCCGGCCGACACAAGGACUCGUCAAUUUCCAGCUCAAUAAAACAUAUACUUACAGUUAUGCAGCUGAUACCUCAGCGCAGGGAAUGACACCCAUUUCUACAAAGGCAUUAUUUUCAGUCAGGCCAUACCAAAAAGACGAGGGUAAAACAUAUGCUGUGUUGAAUAUUGAAACACUUUCAAUAACACACGAUGGACAGUACCAGCAUGGAAUAGAAAAUGCUGCUGGACACUUAAAUUUUAAAAAAUGGUUCAGCUUUAGAAUCAGCUGUCAUGGGGAAGUGGACAAAGUUUGGUAUCCUAAGCUGGAAAACAAAGAUGUUAUCAUAAUCAAAAAAUCGAUUGUCAGUCACCUAUCUACACGACUGCACGUCUCUAGUUUGCAAACUGUGUCAGGAACAAAGAAAUGGGCAUAUCUUAUCAAUGAAACCGAUUCUUCUGGAAAUCAUACUUCAAACUAUGCAGCGACAGAUGUUGGAAACAGUAUAACGUUUGUGAAACACAAACAUGGACACAGCAUUCCUAAUAGUGAAGGCUUCCAUAGAAAGACAAUCGAGUUGAACAAAGAGGCAAGCAUCCCAAAGAAAGUGAUGUCCACAAUUGACUUUACAGCCCCGAAUAAAGCGGUACCAGGUUACAAUCCCAAUCAAGGGCUGCCUGGUGACCCGAACAAAAAACACGGGAACGGAUUCGCAAAUGAUUUUAAUCUACCUGUAAUGACCGUAACAUCAAACGAGCAUCUGGAGUUUAAAAGAAUAACGGACAGUGACAGGAAUUGGGAAAAUCCUAAAUCUGAAAAUGUUGAGGAAGAUACGAUACAUGUGAGAAAUAAACCAAUGCAUCCCUCCAGACCUCUUAAAGUGGUUAAGGAUCAGUUACAUAACCACUUUACAGUCAUAGCAAAAACAGAUCGUGCAGAUUCCAAAGAGCACAACCAUCACUUGCAGUUGGCUGUUGAACUGGCGAGUUCUUUAUCAGAUCCAGACAUAAGAUUAGUAGCGGAACAAUACAUUACAACAAAACCAAAGUUUGGCAAGGACAAAACGUUACAGACUGUAGCAACAGACGUGUUAGGAAUGGUGGGCACUAAUCAUUCACUUUCAAUCAUCACCGAGUUUGUACUUUUGAACAAAGGGCAUGAUUCUAGACUCGUAUCGCGAGCCAUGCUACAUUUUGCAGGGCGUGAAACGCCUCCUCCAAAGAUUGCAAUUGACGCCAUCGAGGAUUGGGCCUUUUCCAAGGAAACAAAUUAUGAGGAUGAGACCGAACAUAGAACGGUUAGAUCAAUGAUUUCGGAAAAGGAACUUGAAAAGCAUCUGCAUCAGAAAGCAGGGUAUAUACAUGCCUUGGGGAAUGCUGCACACGACACGUCAUAUCCAUAUAUACUAUCAUACAUUGACCACCCCGAGACACCGUCUCUACUGAAACGCAGUGCAGUUCAAGCGCUUCGACAUUUCAAUUAUGAAGAGGCUGCUCAUCACAUUAUGUCAGUCGCAUUGAACGAUCCAGAGGACCAUGUUCGACACCAUGCCUGUCUCCAAUACUGGAGUCACCCUCAUGCUGCCAACGUAGAUGAAAUACGCCAGAUAGUUCAUCUUGGGUAUCGUAAUACAAGUCUUUAUGAACAAGCCAUGAGAAUAAAGUCACACUACAGAAACAAACGAAGUGCUGAAUGGUUAUUCAGAGGGAUUGAUUUCAAGGUCGAACUUCCUGGUAUAGACUGGAGGGCACAAGUUGGAACAGAUGACAUCGGGGCCAAAUUCGGGCUGGUGAUACGAAACCUUAUGGAUCUCCAAAUACAGCCGCUUCGGGGACAUUUUCUUGUUGACAUAUUCGAUACAGCAUAUGCACGAGGAGUAGUUGGGUUUGUAGGCAUUGAUAUAAAAUUCUUUGUCGGAGAAAUGUGUUUCAAUGGAGAAAUCAAAUAUGGGCUUAACAUAUUGCAGGAGUUUGGUUAUGAUGAUACCGUGAAACUAGUAAAUGCAUACGACAAAGUCAUCAACAACGUGGUUGAUAGUGUUAAGACUGCUAUAAUCACAUUCAACAAUAUAUUGAAAUCUUCCCGAACAUUUUCCAUAGCAGAUAUAUUUGACAGUAUUGCAGGUUCCAUAGAAUACAUACCGAAGACAUUGUAUCUUAACUCAGAGUUCGACAAUCACAUCAAGAUGUUUUAUAAAUAUAAUGAAUUACCAGAUGCUGUUGAAAGGGUCAAUGAUGCACUUCGAAAAACUCAAACUGUUUUAACUGGCGUCAGACAAGAUGUCAUGGAGUUUUAUAAUUCCAUAGCUGACGCUGUAGAAGUGUCCCUCCCAUGGGCUGGAUUGCAGAUCGAAAGAGCACUCAAGAAUGCUGCUAAAAGUGUUACCGAUUUGACAAAAUCUCCUAAAACAGCUAUGGCAAAUAUAGCAAAAGCAGUUGCACAGUAA